UGUUUGUAAAAUUCGACCUGGUCAAGGGGGUACAGUACUUCAAUCAUUCUACUUCGUAAACUCAUACAGUCAACAUCAAAAAUAAAAUAAAAAGUUUACUUCUGAAAAUCAAAAAAGAAAAAACAAAAGUGAAAAUAUGUUGACUGUUCAAUUGAUCAUUCAAUCCGGAAAGCCAUUGGUUAUGAAGCUCCCAAUCUCAGCUACCGUACACGAGCUAAAGACUGAGCUUCAGAGCCUUCUCGAUAUUCAGGUGGAAACAUUGGAGAUUUGUGCUUCUGAUGUAACGUUUGCCGAUUCAGAUCUAUUAACAGAAGUUGCUGGUCUAGGCAAAAACAAAAAAAUUAAGCCGGUUGUGUCUUGCUAUGAAGGCAACAAUUUUGUGGGCUUGAUACUAUUCUCUCUUCAAGCCGAGGAUAUUGCGGUUCCAUUGGUCGAUAAUUCGGUUCUAGAAUCGAGUGAGGAGAGUCUAGAAAGCCCCUCGUAUGGAGAUAUGCAGGAGGCAUGCGGCAUGGGAGGCUGCGGGAUUAAGUCCCGACCAUGCUCGGUUAAAUCUGAGAUGGAAAUGGAACCAGAUGUUAUAAAUGGUCAGCGGCCCCCGUACGUUAACAUUCUCCCAGAAAACAGGCCGUUUGUUGUGGUUAUAUCUUCCUCAGAAUGCGACAAAAAUUUUUGCGAUCUGUUGGAAGAGUUCUUUGGGAUUUUUAUGAAUUUCAGAAAUGUUCGCUGCUUGGAUUUCAAUGAGGUGACUCCAGUCACUGAGUACUAUGGGCGGCUUUACAUUGCAGCGGCAAACGAGGAUACGAUGGACUGGGUGGGGGGCAACGUAUGCGCCAUGGAGUCGUAUCAGGCCACCAGUCUUAUAGACUUUCUACACUUGACACCGGUCAGAGUUACAUGGCCAAAGGUCGAGAAGUGUUUGCAGUCAAUUUUCAACCUUCUGGAACUGCAGAAUGCUAAUAUUACGACGGAGAAGUGGGCUGUGGUAAGCCGCGAAGAUGCACCCCCCAUAGUGACGAAAAUUUGCCCCAAUGAACAGGUGGAGAUCUGGAUGGAUGCCGAAAGUGUGGAUAUCAUCAAGGGCAGAUGCAACCAACUUAAACUAUCUUUUUGGAUGAUCAAGUUUGAGUUCUGCGACUAGAAAACGCCAUUAUAUUUUUAUUUUAUGCAAUAUAUAUUUUGAAAUGUUACGAUUGCUGCAGACUCGUUUGUCUGCCGAUUAUUCGGACUGGCAACGGUCAAACGAUAGUUUAUCGUAAUAAAAAAAUAAUAAAAUAUAA